AUGGCGUCCCAGGACGGAGCCAAUCGAAUGGCCUCGCUCGACGGAGCCAAUCAUGACGGCGCAGGGCAAGCGCUCUUUGGAUUCGGGACAUACAAUCCCUCGCUGGCGCUGCCGCACUCUCACCCGCAUCUCCCGCCCCAUUCCCACCUUCCGCUUGACCCCAAUCUCAUCCCACUCUAUGCCACGAAUAAGCCCAGACAGCCAACAGCCACGGUGGCUGUGAGCGAUCUCGAGUAUCCCCAGGACCAGUAUCCGCCUCAGCAAGAGUAUGUCCCUCCCCCAGGCCCUCCCCCGGCCCCGGCUCCCGCUACAUUUCAACCCGAGCCGCCCUCGGUGUCCACGGCCGACUCCGUCGGGUCCACGAGUCCCACUGCGGCUGAGCAAGACGACGAACAUGAAGUCCUGGAUGAAGAGCCCUUGUAUGUGAACGCAAAGCAGUACCAUCGUAUCUUGAAGCGCCGCUCAGCGAGGGCGAGACUGGAAGAGGUCCAUAGGCUGUCCAAGGAACGCAAGCCUUACUUGCACGAAUCUCGCCAUAAGCAUGCUAUGCGUCGCCCGCGUGGUCCCGGUGGCCGGUUCUUGACUGCCGAGGAGAUCGCAGCGCUCGAAUCCAAGGGUGGCGCGCAACCCGGGACCAACCCCGCUCCUAGUUCAUAG